GCAGUCCCCGCGGGAAGCUCGCGGCCGGGAACCCGAGCCGGAGCGCGGGCUGGGCCGGGCCGGGCCGGGCUGCGCGCACGGGCUCGGCUGCCGCCCCUGCCGGUUGCACCCCGGGCCAGCCAUGACCACCGCCAUCCUGGAGCGCCUGAGCACCCUGUCGGUCAGCGGGCAGCAGCUGCGCCGCCUGCCCAAGAUCCUGGAGGACGGGCUGCCCAAGAUGCCGUGCACCGUCCCGGAGAGCGACGUGCCGCAGCUGUUCCGCGAGCCGUACAUCCGCGCCGGCUACCGCCCCACCGGGCACGAGUGGCGCUACUACUUCUUCAGCCUCUUUCAGAAGCACAACGAGGUGGUCAACGUCUGGACCCACUUGCUGGCGGCCCUGGCCGUGCUGCUGCGGUUCUGGGCCUUCGCCGAGACCCAGGCCCUGCCGUGGGCCUCUCCGCACGCCCUGCCGCUGCUGCUCUUCAUCCUGUCCUCCAUCGCGUACCUCACCUGCAGCCUGCUGGCCCACCUGCUGCAGUCCAAGUCCGAGCUCUCCCACUACACCUUCUACUUUGUGGACUACGUUGGCGUGAGCGUUUACCAGUAUGGCAGUGCCCUGGCCCACUUCUUCUACAGCUCGGACCAGGCCUGGUACGAGCGGUUCUGGCUCUUCUUCCUGCCCGCGGCCGCCUUCUGCGGCUGGCUGUCCUGCGCGGGCUGUUGCUACGCCAAGUACCGUUACCGCAGGCCCUACCCGGUCAUGAGGAAGAUCUGCCAAGUGGUGCCGGCAGGGCUGGCCUUCGUUCUGGACAUCAGCCCUGUGGCACACCGCGUGGCCCUCUGCCACCUGGCUGGCUGCCAGGAGCAGGCCGCCUGGUACCACACCCUGCAGAUCCUCUUCUUCCUGGUCAGCGCCUACUUCUUCUCCUGCCCGGUGCCUGAGAAGUACUUCCCGGGUUCCUGCGACAUCGUGGGCCACGGGCAUCAGAUCUUCCAUGCUUUUCUGUCUGUCUGCACGCUCUCCCAGCUGGAGGCCAUCCUCCUGGACUACCAGGCCCGGCGGGAGAUCUUCCUGCAGCGCCACGGGCCCCUGUCCGUCUACACGGCCUGCCUCUCCUUCUUCUUCUUGGCCGCCUGCAGUGCUGCCACCGCAGCACUCCUGAGGCACAAAGUCAAGGCCAGACUGACCAAGAAGGAUUCCUGAAGCUGGCUUGGUGGGGCAAGGUGUGAAGGCAGCCCGUAGUGAUUUGCAGAAAACUUGCUACCAUAGAAGUUGACUUUUUAUUUUUAAGGGUUGGCUUUUAAAUUAACAUAUAUUUCUAAGGAUGUGCUAUAGCCACAGCAUUUGAGAGCCAAAGGAUUCAAGAGUUUUGUUGUUGUCAAUAAAAGGAGUUUUCCUUUUCCUUUUGGGUCAUAGCCUUACACGGCACAGGCAGGGAAGGGAUCUUGGCUAAGAUUCACGGGACACUGAAUUAAGGAGAACCAUCAUCAUGCCUGAAAAUUUAGCAGAAUUCUGACUGUGGCCUCCAGGGGCAAGUCCUAGAGCUGAAUGAAUAAUAAAAUUAGACUGGCAAGUAAAUAGGUGGCUGGUCCUCGCCCUACUGGAAUGGCCAUCCUACUGUGCUGGUCUUUGGUAAUUGAGUAAAUUGAGCUGAGGACCUAUUUCAUUUGGAUUUCAGAUUGUCUGGGGUGGGAAAGUCAGAAUCUUCAAGAUGAUUCAGUGAGACCCUUAGACAUAACUUAGUUCCUCUGAUUCCUGUCCCUCCUCUCUCAUCCACUGCAAUACUGACCCUUUACUCAGGAUGACUGUCUUCCUGGCUGUUUUCCCUGAAGUGCUGUUCACUCCCAUCCCUACCUUGCAUGGUAAUACCAAGGACUAGGAAGCAGUUACACUUCUAGGAAAUGCUUGGAUUCAUGUAGACAUUCAGGAAGCGUAUCAUCAUAUAUUAACGUAAACGGUACUAGAAAGUACAGUGCCAAGAGCCACUUGGAGGCCCAGCCAACAAGCAUGGAUACUGUUUGGUGUCAUGGGACCCUUCUGUUUUAUACCUGUGGACUGCAGGAUUACUUGAGAGCUAGUAGGGCUGCCUUAUAGGCCGAGAGAUCUGGAGAUUGCUCCAGGGAAUCAUCUCCAGAUUUUACCAGCGUGUUUAAAAAGCCCUCGGUAGGGUGAUUGGUCCUAAGGGUCCCUCUAGAGAUCUAAUUAUUUUAAGAGGAACCCAAGGUCCAGUCUCCUAUAUAGGUGCUGCCUCAUGAAGGACCCACAUAACUAUCCCAGUUCAGGGUCCUCAGGCAGACAGUUCUGCCUCAGCUAAGAGCAGAACCCUUAAACAUAAUCAAGUCCCAAGACAGGCAAGCAUGUGUGCUCACUGUGGAGUGGUCCCUGAAGCCUCCUGUGGGUGAGAGUGUGUGAACCAGGCUCCCUGUAGCUGGAAUGCUCUGGAACAUGGCGGCCCAGCAGCUCCUGUGGGAUAGGUGGUGCUUCGGUUGAUGCAUUCUGGCCACGCAGCCCUCUCUGAGGAUCGACUUCCGCACUGAUCCAGUGAAGGAGGCUGCGGCCAAGGAAGGGCUGUGACGUCCUCUCCUCAGAGGCUACCAUUCUUAUCAGUAUAAGUUCCCUUGUUUACUAAAAGGGGAAAUUGUUUUAACUCCAGUUAAAUGAACCUCUUCUGUUAUUAGGUUACUUUGUUGUCUUCAAGUCGUUUUUCCUUUCUCUGAGAGAUUUGUGGGGUUUGUGCCUUAUAAAUGGAAAUGUAUAAAUACUUAAUGUAUGCCUAUAUGUAGAAUUUUCUGUUUUGAGUUAUUGGGGUAAGAAAAAAAGAAUUCAUUGCUUUCCAACCAGUGAAUGAAAGAAACUUCAGAGAGCUAGAGUUGCUUACCAAUCAAAAGACUUUUUCAGUCUAAGUAUUUUGGCCACAAAGAAAAAAAAAAAGUAUGUUGGCCACAAAGAAAAAAAAAAAGUAUGUUCAACUGAAGCUUUCCUAUAAUCUUUAUAUCAAGAAAGCAGGUGUCUUGUCAGCUACAUUGUUUUCCUAGAUGGAUUUCUCCUGUUUAUCCUCAAAUAUCUGAACUUCUGUGCUACCCAAGUGUCUUAACACAAGCUUCUGGUGUCUAGGCCAAAUUCACAGCAAAUAAAGUCGGCAAAACUGGGAACAGAGUUGAACUGAACAAGGGGAUGGGGGAGUUGUGCAAAUACUUUGCAAGUAGAGAGUCAAUUUAAAACAGGGACUAGAAAGUGAAAUUUUGUUAUUAUGGAUUCGAAGACUAUAUCUUUUAAAAGUUGGAAGAAGUGAGGGAAGAGGGCAAAAGAAAGGAAGGUAUAAAUGAAGAUCUUGAAUAUAACUGGUGGUAUUGUGGGUAGAGAUCUUUAGGUCAAAUGCAAGUAUUUUUAAACAGAGAGAACAGGAGGUAGAGCAGUGACCCUCAAAUGCAUGCACAGAGCUAUCCCAGUCUGCACACUGUUAAUGGCCUGUAACAUAGAGAAAGAGGCACCAAACUUAGAUAUUGCCGUACGGUUUUUAUUUUAACUUUAUAUAAGUAUUGGGCCCUCAAGUGAUUGGAAAUUAACAAUAAACAGGAAACAGUUUUUUUUAUAAGUGAUAUUUGAGAGGCAUUGAGGUAGUGGACUAUGAUAUGCUCUUGAAAUGCCAGUAUCUAAUUAGAAAUAUAUAAACACAGGAAAUGCAGAUGUUUUUAACUACUCAGACUUUUGAGAGGUUAAAUACUCCUUUUAGAACACUUUCAUGAAAAUGUCUGUAUCAGUAAGGAGCAGAUCUAGUUUGUUUAGGGGAAUAAUUAAGAAUUUUAUAAAGGAGACGGCCGUCUUACUCUACAAUAGCCCCUCCAGCAGUAGAUAUCUACUGGAAGUGCUGCUGAUUCUCUCUCUGUCUCUUAACUACAACUUUCAAUGUAUUAAAAUAUAAAUAGAAAAAUACUAAACUGUCAGUCAUUUACAUCUGUUUGUGAAUGAAAAUCCUGAUGGGUUUGUAUGAGGGCUCUACCCAGUGCAGGGAGAGGCGAUAGCAGGACACAGCAAAGUGGGGACACAUUUGCCUGUUUCCCGCUUGACUAGUUAGUUCUUCCUGACGUGUAUUUACUGACCAGUUAAUGUUAAUACUCUUAAGAUGUUAGGGUUUCAUUUCUAAUUUCGGCUGAAAGUACUUCGCUCAGUAACAAUAUUCUCAAGUGUCUUCUCCUAGAAGCUUGAAAGAAUUAGUAGGAGUUUGGGGCCCUGGAAGGAAGGUAGUUUAUUCCUGCCUCUGUUGCCUACUACCUGUUCACAAAUUGUACCCUAAUGCGUGAAAACUUUAGGUUCUUCUGUUGCUGCACUGUAGUUCCAAAUGGAUCCUCCAGAUGGCGAUCAUGCUUUACUCAGAGAGGGCACAGCCACUGUCCCCAAGGCUUGCCCCUACUAAUUCUAUUGGUCAUGUGUUUUGUUUGAUUGCUUGGCAAAGAAAAAAAUGGAACUAGUUUAUGUCUAUAUAAAUCUACUUACAUGAAUAACCAUUAAAUGGAUUUUGUAUAUG